AUGGGUCAGUUUGACUUUUUUGCCAAAAUCGGCGCCACACCGCAGGCUGUCGCAACCCUUAACGACCAACCCAUCCUAUUUACUAUCCUCAUCGUCGCCCUUAUCGCCAUCAUCCUUCAGUGUGUCUUUAUAUGGUACAUCCACUUUGCGACAUUGAAACCAGAGCAGAAGAAGAAGAAGGAGAAGAAGAAACCGGCAGGGAAGAAGUAA